AUGAUAGCGGCUAGUCACUACCGACGCACCAACUCUGAUGCGAAGGUGAGACUCGUCAUACUCUACCUCUUGAUAUGUCGGGUGGCUAGCUUUUCUGUCAAGAAUACGGAGCAAUCGUCGAGUUGCAUUUCGCUGGAUAAUCUUCAAAAUAAACGAGUGUUGGUAGUGGGUGGAUCAGGCCGAGUCGGGGGCAGUUGUGUCACUCAACUAGUGCUCCGAGGCUCGCAAGUGACGGUCGGGGGGACCAACGCGGAGCGCUUCCUAAGCUCGCGAAAACGAUGGCAAAGUCUCUUUCCCGACAUAUGCGAGGACCUGGAAGAAGUGGAUUUUGUUGCUCUCAAUCGAGAGCGAUCAGAAUCGGUCCAAGCAGUCCUGAGCGGAUAUGAUCUUGUCGUGCAUACAGCAGGACCUUUUCAGGGAAAAGUUAAUACGCCGAACGGAGUCAUUGAAGCUUGCGUAGAGAAUGGUGUGCCGUAUAUCGACGUGUGUGACGACUACUGCACAGCAUCGGCAAUUAAAACCAAGCUUGCGGAAAAGGCUAAAGAAAGCAAAACUCCAUGCAUCAUUUCUACUGGAUGUUGGCCGGGAGUAUCCAGCCUCAUGGCAAAACAACUUCUGCAAAAAUCUAUGCAAGCCUAUCCUGAUGUAGACCAGAGAGAUAUAUCGGUCAAGUUUUCCUUUUUCACCGCGGGAUCUGGCGGGGCAGGUGUCACGUUAUUGGUUGCUACCUUUCUAAUUCUCGCUGAAAAAGCUUUGACGGUCGUCAAUGGCCGUCGAAAAGUCGUAACUCCCAUGGAAACAUAUUCAACCGUGCAUUUUGGGCCUGUUGUUGGUGAUAAAGAAGUGGCGCACCUUAAUUUGCUUGAAACAGCGUCGGUGGCCGAUGUCUUGCGCAUUGGCAACGUUCAGGCUCUCUUUGGUACCGCACCUAACUUUUGGAAUGGUCUACUUGGCCUGAUGGCGAAACUACCAACACAGCUACUCGAAAACGAGGACCUUAUGCGCAAGCUCUCCAUGUUUUCUCUGCCUAUCGUGCGAUUGGUGGAUGCAUUUGCGGGUGCUACCAAUGCUAUGCGCUGCGAUAUCUCCAACACAAAAAAUCCUGAUUUGUUUCGAUGCUCGGCAAUUUAUGCCCAUAAAAAUCUGGAACCUUGUGUUGGCGAAUGCGUCACAGCCUUCGCAGCUGCAGUUCUUUCUGGUGCUGUCCGGGACGGGAUCUGGUUUCCGGAAGAAGCAAUUCAGGGUGGCGUCGAUGCGGCUGCCGUCUUGGCGGCGGCAUCUGUCGGUGCGCAUACCGUUCUAGUCAGUUCCGAAGGAAUGGAAUUGAGUCUAGAACAAGUGUGGGGCACCAGAAGAAAAGAAACUAUAACAAUGACGAGCACGUAG